AUGACGGACUCCGAAGAGAUCGAGGAGCGGGUGCUGGCGCUCAUAGACCUGCUCAAGAAGAAGGCCGGGAGGUUUGUGCUCGCAUAUGCCGCAAGCUACGAAAGCCACGAAAGCCGGAAGGAUGACAAGAAGAUCAAGGAGUGCGGUGAGGAGAUUGUCGAUGCAGCGAGUGACAACGAACCGUACUUCGAACCUGAACAGGUUGUUCAGAUGCCGCCCGUCAACGAACUUGGUGUCUGGCUUCUGUGGAUUGUUCAAGUGCUUCUGUGUGCGGCUGAGGAUGUCAACCUGGCUGGAGAUGACGAAGUACUGGACAUCACAGCAAGAGCGAUCCGAUAUGCAAAAGUGGAAGACGGAUCCGAGCAUCCGGGAAUGACCGAGGUGCUGAAGAAGCUCAAGAAGUCCUUAGAUUGUCCAGGCAGCAAGCAUCUGGAGAUCAUGUUCUUCGUGAGGGCCCAACCUGUGAAGUGGACUGGCGAUCUGCAGAUGUACCCGGUGCUGACAGAGCUUCUGUUGCACGACAAGGCGCAGGUACUUCAUGACGGGCUGGAGCUGCUCACGGGCAUGGCUUUCGUGCAGCUCACUGAGCUGCCCGACGAGGAGGCUGCUGCUGCCUUAAAGAUGUCCUUGGAGCUCGCAAGGCACGUGAAGGAGCUGGCAAAGGGGCAUAAGCCGGGGGACAUGGAUCUCUCAAAGCGUUUGGCCCAGAAGCUCACCUACUUAAACUCGCUGUUCCAAGCCGCGUACAUCUUCUGCUCCAUGCUGAUGAUGAACACGGGCUUCCCAAAGGCUUCCGCAGCGAUUGCUGUUCCGUCCCUGGUCUUGGAGCUUAAGGACGUACUUGCAGAGCUGAAGCCGAAGCCAAAGGAACAGGAUCUCAAAGGCCAACUGACGUCAGCAAUCGACGCCUGCCAGAACCUCAUUGGGAGCAUGCCUAAGCCGGCAGCUGGGACAUCAGCGGACCCAGCUGCCGAUGCCAAGUCCUACAUCAAAGGUUUAAAUUCAGCCAGCGACUCCAAAACGCUUGAUGGCACCUUGAAGAUGAUGAUGACCAGUACUGAGGCUAAGUUUCUGGAUGUCGUGCUGGCCAAGGACAGUCUGCAAUCCCUUGUGGCCGCCCUCAAGAAAGUGAAGAAGACAGAGAUGGAUACCGUGCAUUUGACCCUCAUUGCUUUCCUCAAGUUUCUCAGCCAAGCGUACUGGGCGAAGUUCGUGGUGGAAAAUCGUCCUGCUGCUUUGGAUCCUGUUGCAGAUGACAUGGUGCAGCAAUACAUGUCCGCCCCCAUUGGCUUUGCGACCCCGAAAACCUUCCUUGACGUUGCCACUGAGAAGUCGCCGGCCAUCUCACGGAAAGUCUGGGCCAAGGUCGACGUCUGGGCGAAGAUGGUGAAGGACUCCAAGGGCGGCCCCAUGUACGAGGCGAACAUCUACCAGAUGGCCAGUGCACUUGAAGUCUUGCCGCGAGUGCUGGAAGGGGCCGAGCUGGAGGCCCUCGCAGUGAAGGACUUGAAAGAAGGUGAUGGGUCAGCACGAGACAUGGCAAUAAGCUUGAUCGACGCCUAUGAGGGCCGCUCACUGGAAGGAGCUUACGCGCAGAUUGCAGACAUGAACUCCCGAUUCAAGGAGGCCUGCGGAGACAUGGAGAGCCUCAAGAAGUACGUCGAUGACAACGUUUCAGAGCUGAAGGCCAGGUCUUCAGGGUCCUUCAAACGGCUCGUUGUGAAUCGAGUUCUGCCUGUCUGUAAGGAUUUCAUCAGCACCGUCGCAAAGAAGCUUCCCAUGCCGGUGAGGUUCUCGUCUGAGCCGAGGCGCUCUUGCGGAUCUUGUUAA